AUGGCGUCCUUGCCACCCCCGACGUUGGCGGACUUGAAUACUUUAGCUGCUUCCAGAUAUUUUCUCCCGGCGGUGGCUACGAUGGCAAUCUAUGAAUGCCUCAUCACUCUGGCGAAUGAGGUGGAUUACGUCUGGAAGACGGGGUGGACUGGAGCCUCCAUCGUGUACUACUUCAACAAGUACCUCUUCCUGGUGACUUAUAUCGGAGGUAUCGUUGGCAUCGCCGUACCUGGUGCUUCAAUAGAGCUGCUGAACCCUGAUGGCGGACGCGCUUGA